AUGACCUGGGAAGAAAAGAAAAAAGACAAGGAACUGAAACUAUUGCAUGGCAUGUUCAAGAAAACCAGAAACAGCCGGUACACAUCAUUUGUGGGCUUAUUCCCUCUUUUGUCGAGAACACUACCACUGGUUAAGGUGGAAGAGAUAUCACAGACAAUUGAUUCACAGAACUUUACAGUCCAGAACUCUGUCCUGUUUUCUGGACCACUGGCUACCACUUCUUUUAGCACCAACGCAAAAUUUGAAGUCCGAAGUCCAAAGCGGGUUCAGGGAAUAUUAGAGAACUUCUUUUGGAUGGGAAGAACGAUAACACAGCAUAAAGAAAAUGUGGAGCUUCUAGGACAGAGGAUUGAUCUUACUCCCUUCAAAGGCAUACUCACCUCGGUUCAAGACACAGCUUCAUCUGUAGUAAAGACCAUCUCCAACCGCCCGCCAUUGAAAUUCAACAUCCCGAGCAACACCAAUGCAGAAUCGUGGUUACUCACCACAUACCUUGACGAAGAGCUUCGGAUUUCAAGAGGAGACGCAGGGAGUAUAUUUGUACUCAUCAAAGAGGGAGCUCACUCUUGUUACCUUGAACAACUUCCAAAAGAGGAGCUCUGGAUUGACAUGUCGAAGUAUUGUUUGUAA